AUGCUCGUCGUAGUCGUGCUCGUCUUCGUCCUGGACAGCCGCAGUGUGUCGCCCGCGUCUGUCGCCGUGCCCUUCGUCUUCUUCGUGGCCUUCGCCGCCGCAUCCGUCGUCAGGGGCACUGUCGUCGAAACCGUGACCACCUUCGGCCGCUUCGAACGUAUCGCGGACUUCUUACCGCUGACACGGCUCGUGGUCGUGCCCGUCACCGUCGCUGCCGCGCUCGUGUCGUCAUCGGCCACCGCGGUCGUCGUUCCGUGCACUUCGUGCGCCGCCGUCACGCUCGUAGCCGCAGCGUUCAUCAACUCACUGCGCUGCAUCGGCUCCGAUGCCGUACCGCCUCCGUCGUACCGUUCAUCAUUACGGCGGUCGCCGCUCUCCAUAGGUACCGCGAAGGUCACGCGCUUCCUGUCGCGCGCGUGGCUUCUGGGCUCCGUCACUGCCGCCGUUGCCGUCUUCUCCGUGGCCUGCAUCGUCGACGCCCGUGUCUCCGGCGUCAUACUUGGGGCCAUUACCAUACCCAUCGUCUCCGGUCGCCCUCUUCGCCGAUCUACGCCACCCGGGACCGCCGUUUCCGCCGUGGACGCGCUGCUCGGGUCCGUCGCUCUCGUCGUCGGCUUCGAUUCGCCGCUGUUCGUGCCCACGGCGCUCUCGGUCGCCGUCAUCCCCACUACGCCGUUAUCGUCGUGCUGCGCCGCGCCGUCAUACACGCCCGUCGUGACCUGCGCGUGGUGUUCGCGUUGCCGCUGCUCCUCAGCACGCCGCUUCGCUCCGCGUGUCAAUGGUCGCGUCGCGCUGGUCGACUCUUCACGCCGCUUCGUACGUCGCUUCACUGGCUGCUUUACCGCCGUCGCCACUUCCGUCGUAACCACGCCCUGUGCAUUGGUACUCGGCGUCUGCUGCCCGGGCACCUCGUCGUCGUCCUCCGUCGUCUCGGCGUUCUCGUACGCCUCGUCCGUGUUGUGUUCAUCCUCCGUCGCCGUUCCGCGCUCACUGCCGUCGCUCACGCCGUUCUUGGCCGACUGCCGCUCGCUGUCGCCGUCCUCGUGGCCCUCUUCCGCCGUCUGCCGCCUCGCCGUCCUGUUCGGUGUCUUCGACACCUCCCACCGUCGCCGUCAUCUGCUCGGGCGCCGCACUCGUACCUCGCUCAGCUGCCGCCGGACCUGA